ACAGAGGGAAGAUGCAGGUGACGCACAAGGCCCGGGGCACUGACGGGUGGCAGCUCCCGGAGACCGAGCGCCUGCGCCACCUGCCAUCCGUCAGGGACGUCCGUGGCCGGCGCCCGAUGUCUGUUGACUUCUCCACCCAAGUGAACUCCUCGUCGCUCAACUCCCCCACGGGCCGGGGCUCCAUGGCCGCCCCCUCGCUGCACCCUGCACUGGGCCCUUCCAUCGGCUCCUCGCUGGGCUCCCCGGGGCAGCUGCACUCGCCCAUCAGCACGCUCAGCUCGCCCAUCAAUGGCAUGGGCCCGCCCUUCUCCGUCAUCAGCUCACCCAUGGGCCCCCACUCCAUGUCGGUGCCCACCACGCCCACCCUGGGCUUCGGCACUGGCAGUCCCCAGCUCAGCUCUCCCAUGAACCCCGUGAGCAGCAGCGAGGACAUCAAGCCCCCCCUGGGGCUCAAUGGCGUCCUCAAGGUCCCCGCCCACCCCUCAGGGAACAUGGCGUCCUUCACCAAGCACAUCUGUGCCAUCUGCGGGGACCGUUCCUCAGGCAAGCACUACGGCGUGUACAGCUGCGAGGGCUGCAAGGGCUUCUUCAAGCGGACCGUGCGUAAGGACCUGACCUACACCUGCCGCGACAACAAGGACUGCCUGAUUGACAAGCGGCAGCGCAAUCGCUGCCAGUACUGUCGCUACCAGAAGUGCCUGGCCAUGGGCAUGAAGCGGGAAGCCGUGCAGGAGGAGCGGCAGCGGGGCAAGGACCGGAGCGAGAGUGAAGUAGAGUCGACCAGCAGCGCCAACGAGGACAUGCCGGUGGAGAAGAUCCUGGAGGCCGAGCUGGCUGUGGAGCCCAAGACGGAGACCUACGUGGAGGCAAACAUGGGGCUGAACCCCAGCUCGCCCAAUGACCCCGUCACCAACAUCUGCCAGGCUGCAGACAAGCAGCUCUUCACGCUGGUGGAGUGGGCCAAGCGGGUCCCGCACUUCUCUGAGCUGCCGCUGGACGACCAGGUCAUCUUGCUGCGGGCGGGGUGGAACGAGCUGCUCAUCGCCUCCUUCUCCCACCGGUCCAUAGCCGUGAAGGACGGGAUCCUCCUGGCCACCGGGCUGCACGUGCACCGGAACAGUGCCCACAGCGCAGGGGUGGGCGCCAUCUUUGACAGGGUGUUGACAGAACUGGUGUCCAAGAUGCGGGACAUGCAGAUGGACAAGACGGAGCUGGGCUGCCUGCGCGCCAUCGUCCUCUUCAACCCCGACUCCAAAGGGCUCUCGAACCCCGCCGAGGUGGAGGCGCUGAGGGAGAAGGUGUACGCGUCGCUGGAGGCCUACUGCAAACACAAGUACCCGGAGCAGCCGGGCCGGUUCGCCAAGCUGCUGCUCCGGCUGCCGGCCCUGCGCUCCAUCGGGCUCAAGUGCCUGGAGCACCUCUUCUUCUUCAAACUCAUCGGGGACACGCCCAUCGACACCUUCCUCAUGGAGAUGCUGGAGGCUCCGCACCAGAUGACCUAGGCGAGCGGAGUGGCCGCCUGCCCACCUGCGCCCCGUCCCUGCCCUUCCCCGCCUGGCCUGUGUGGACCUUUGGGCGCCGUGUGUCACUGUGGUCCCGAGGGAUGUUGCCAUCCCUGUCAUCUUUGUUGCUGCUCGUCUGUGGCCUGGGACCAGGGCUUUCGGGGCAGCGGAAGCAGCUGAGACCCAGCCGGGGCCCUCCCCACCGGGUCUUGCAGGCACCCGGGGGGGGGUGCAGGCCCUGGGGAGGGGGCUUGUUUGUUGCUGUUUAUACUUGCUGGUCUUCAAACCUCCCUCUUCUGCCCCUGAUUGGAGGGACCUGUCCUUGACAGCCGUGAGGGCUCACCCCGAGACAGAGACAAGGGCAGGUGGGUGCCAGCCAGGAUCUUACUGCAGGAGGCCUCACUGCCCACCCGCUGGAGCCCAGAGGGGACCUCCGGGGCCACGGGGCUCCCUUUGCAUGGAGUGGAGGGUGAGCAGCUCUGCUUUCCAAAGAAAACUGGUGAGCUCGCCCCAGCCACUGAGAACACAAGCCAACCUCUCCACAGUGUUUUGGGGCCACCACAACCCCGCAGAGACUGCGGGUGCCGUUGCCCCCCCUUGGUGUCCUCUUGUGUCGUCCUGGUUGUGUCUUCUCCCUGCCAUGCGCGCCUGCUCAGCCUGGGGUGCUCCAAGGUCACCAUGCACCAUGCGGGGUACCCCUGCCUGGGUUUUGCUGACUCCCGUGCUGGAGUCACUGUCCCGGGGAGGGGAGAGAUGCCGGUUGGGUUCCCCCAGGGACACAGGAGGUGUUGGGAGCCAGAGGGGCUUCUGGGAGAAUGAGCCGUGUGGGUAGGGGCAGGGGCAGGGGCAGGGGCAUCUUCCUUCUCUGCCCUCCACGUCUGUUUGGAGGACUCUGCUGGCCUCGUGGGCCCCAGUGCAGUGCAGUUUGUGGGUGACAUCUGCCCAGGGUCCUAGCUGGGGCUCCAGCUCCCACAGCUCUUGGAAACCCUGCCCAGCCAGCCGAGCCCACUGCAGGCCGGAGCCCCAGGGUUAAGCAUAGCAGGCGCCCGAGCGGGCAGCUGGGUGGGCGGGGAACUCAGGGGCAGGGAGGGGCUUUGUCCCUCCACGAGCAGCCCUGGGCCGGGGCCUGGGGUGCCCCUGUUGGCAGCGGGGGUCCUGUGGGAGCUGGGUAGGAGGCGGCAGGCAGGAGGAGGCAGCCUCCAGGCUGUUGGAGGGACAGAUGUGUCCAGUCGGCACGAUGGCACCAGGCAGAGCUUCGCAGGCACUCGGUCCCGCCCCACAGUCAGCUCGGUGCCGUCUGCAGCCCGGUGUGCCCCAUCAUCACGUCACCCGUGCCCCCCGCCAUAUGCAGUGUCCCUGGGCGCCUGCGCACCCCUUGGGAAUGCCACGGCUCCAGCAGAGAAGACCUAGGGACAGAAGUCUUCUCAGUGACGUGUGCCCUCCCUCCCUGGGCCUGGCUGGCUGCCAGCCCCGAAGCCAGAACCCCGAGCCCUCUGGUGCAGCCUUACCUGCCACCCACUUCCUGCUGCUCUUCCUGCGGCUUCCUGUCCCCUUCUUGUUAGUUCCGUCACGGCCACUGUGUGUCCACUGCCGCUCGCCUGCGGGGUGGGCCGUGGGGAGGUGGGGCAGCUCUUCAACCAGGCCUUCAGCCAUGCUACCAAUCUGGCGCAGAUAAGGUGAUUUUUUUGUAAUUAUAAUUAUUAUUAUAUUUUAGUGGGACAGUCUUUAAUUUUCUAAAGAUAGCACUGACAUCAGCUCCUCGGCCAUCCCGUGUCCGUCCCUGCCUCGGCCGGGCCUGUGACCACCCUGCUGCCGUGUCGCCUUCCUGCGUGGACAUUCACACUGGCUCCCGUGGCCUGCUUGGCACCUGGCACCCAGACGGGCCCUCAUCACGCUGGAAGCACACAGUCUCCGGGAGACUAGCCCCAGGCGUGCAGCUUCCCCAGCCCUUAGCGGUCUCCAGGGAUCCCAGGCUGGCGCCUGGUGAGAGGGUGGCAGAGGACACCCAGGCGGGCCGGCCGGGGAUCAUUGGCUGAUGUCGUCCCCACCACGGAACUGGGGCGCGUGGCCUGGUCCCUGUACAUGCGGGUGUGCGGUGUAAACAUGUAUGUGCUGUACAGAGGCGCUGUGUGCGAGGAGCCGUGUCGCAGUUACCAAUGUUUCGUGUUUAUUUUUAAUCAAGACUUUUCCCCAUUUCCCUGUAAAUUUGCUUCCUGUAAGCAAGCACCUGAGGACCCCUCCUUUGGUGAAAUCUGGGUUCGAAUGCGUAUCUCGAGGCAGGAGAUGCAUCUAUUUUAAGAUGCCGGGGAGCGGCAGCUUUGGCAGUCCCAACCCCUAGCAAUGCCUUAGCCGGGAAGCUCGCUAAUGCUUUAGGGAUGUCACAUCCGCAAGGAGAGAGAGAUAAGAAAAUGUCUAAAGCAUCGGGAAAGGUAAAAAAAAAUCUAUUUUUGUACAAAUGUAAUUUUAUCCCUCACAUAUACUGGAUGAUGUGGCGGGGUGGGGCUUGUUUUGUUUCUGCUUCUAGAGGUGCGGGUGGGAUGCGGGGCGGGGGGAGGCUCUGGCGGACCCCUGCCUGUGGCGCUUCUCCUGGGCAGGGGUGGAGGUGGCGAGGGCCCAGGGCGCUCUUGGCCCCUCCCCUGUGCUUGGAGCUGCGCUGACCUCCCUGCCGGCCAACCUCCGAGACUGUUUGACUGUGAAAUUCCUUCCCUCCGAAAUUGUUCUCUGCAACAUCAAGGCGCGGACGCCGUGGGCAGACCGGCAAAGGUGCUGGGCUUGUGGAAGAGACACAGAGAAAAGCUCGAGAGGGGAAACAGAAUGAGCGUUUCAAAUACAUCUCCGUUCCAUUCUCA